AUGAUUUCACCACGGACUGUUUUCACCGCCAUACUUCUCGCACCAAAUUUAAUCACAUCAAGUCUUGCCUACCAAUGGCCAUCACCUCAAUACGAUGCUCUUGAGCAGUUCGUAGUUGAGGGGACUGACCAUAUUGGGCUUGAUAUUGGUGGUGUUACCAGACAUUGCACACAUCGUAAUCCACCCACCGCUUCUACAGUUGCCGCCGAAUGGGUGCGACUGGCUUAUCACGACAUGGCCACACAUAAUGUGGACGAUGGAACCGGAGGGCUUGACGCAUCCAUAUUCUUUGAACUUGAUCGCGCUGAGAAUGUAGGUCAAGGAAACGUUGAAACCGUAACUCUUGACUUCUCUGUGUCUGCAAACAAAUAUGUUUCUCGCGCCGAUUUGAUAGCUCUAGGCGUUAGCUGGGCUGUAGCCUCCUGUGGCGGGCCGAUAAUUCCAUUUAAGGGUGGUCGCGUGGACGCAUCAGAAGCCGGGCGUCUAGGAGUUCCAGAACCGCAGCAAACUUUGCAAUCCCACACCGAAAGCUUCCGACAACAAGGCUUUUCUCCCACAGAGAUGAUCAGCCUUGUUGCAUGUGGACACACCUUGGGCGCCGUUCGUACUGCUGAUUUCCCUGAUAUUGUUCCAAACGGAGAUACCACGUUUGACACAACAGACGCCUAUGACCACGCUGUUGUGAGCGAAUACAUUGCUGGCACAACGGCUAAUCCUCUCGUUGUUGUUCAAGAUCAAACAUUUGCGUCCGACUUAAGGAUUUUCAGCAGCGAUGGGAAUGUUACCAUGAAUAGUAUGAACUCUGCACAAGCUUUCAAAGAUACCUGUACCACUCUCUUGCAGAAAAUGGUUAACACAGUCCCAAAUGGAGUCGUGCUGACCGAUACUAUUGAGCCACUGCCAGUCAAAGUAUCAUCUGCAGAAAUUACUCAAGUUGGCUCACAGCUCAUUCUCGAUGUUCUGUUACGCCUUACUCAAGCACCAAACGUCCCCAUUCCUCCCAACCGAUCCGUAAAGCUAUUUUGGUGUGACGCACGAGGACAAUUUACAAACUGCAAUGGGAGGACCAAUGUUGCAUCGCUUCCGGUAGUUGAAACCGCUGUGGUUUCACCUAUUACUGAAGCGCAAGGAAUUACACUUCCAACAUACCAGUUUGCAGCGCCUAUUGACGCCGCGGCGUCGGUAUCCAAGUUCUGGUUCCAAGUCGAUGAAGGCGACGGCUCUCCUGUUCAGACUUAUGAUAAUGGCGGUCAAGGAUAUCCCAUUCAGCAAGACCAAGUCAUCUAUUUGCCAAGCAUAAGCUCUUUUAGCCUUGGUAGCAGUGGCGGAAUCAAUUACAACCUCGUCGUUGGGGUCAGAACAGAAAGCAACCCUACCAGCGCCACUCUGCACGCCUUCGAUAAAGGAGGAGUUGGAUCAGGUCCAUUGACCGAUAUCACGGUGGACCUUACACCCGUGACCAUCUCUGGAGUAGCCUCCGGAUACAAGGCCUACACUGCUACAGUUAACAGACCCAAUAUCUCUACGUCAUUGACAGCAGACUUCCAUGUGGUUAUUGAUGGAGUAACAUAUACAGCUGACUUCAAGCAAACCUUGAAUAUUGGCGAUUCCCCAGCUUUAAGUAGAACUUUGUCUACUGUUACAACGAUUCCUUCUUGA